UUUUGUUUUCUGGUUGCAGAUCAGCAGCACUUGUUCAGCAGACCAAGAUCAUCUGCCUACGAGAUUCUUUACUCUCGUUUUACUUGUCCUUUUCUAACACUCAUCCUUCCUGAACUUUAUUCUCCAAUUCUUGUCCUCGUUCUUGUUUUUGUUCUUUCUGUUCGAGUAUACAUUCGAUCUUUUACACGUACCGAAUUUUACAAAGUUCAUGUAGGUCAUUAAAUAAAAAAAAUUCCCUUGGCUAAAAUCCUCGAAAGUCUUGAUCUUUAACCAUAUUAUUGUGAUUUAAUUCAAGAAAAUCCAAUGGGUGUGGGUAUAUCUUUCCUUAUUGGACUAAAGGCAGCAACUUUAUUCUCUCUCUUUACAUUUAUGAACAAUCUUGGAUUCAAAUGGUUUGCUAUACCCUUUUUAUAUGCAUCUUUAAUAUCUUUCUUGGUUUCAAUUGCUUCUCAUCCGUCUAUCAAUCUCCCAAUGCUUUUAGGGAAAGGCUCAGAUGGGGUUUUUCCCAUUUGGUCAUUGAUUAUUUUCAGCCCGUAUUUGUACUUCGUUAGAGCCUUCUCAGCAUUGAGGAGGCUGAGAAGUGGUGAAGCGCCUUAUAGUGAGAUUUGUGAAGGUGUAUAUGUUGGAGGGUGGCCUUUUUCACCUGAUAAAUUGCCCCCUGGUAACCCUGCUGUUAUUGAUUGUACCUGUGAGUUGCCAAGAAAGACUGAGCUUUCAGGACAUGCUUAUUUGUGCAUUCCAACUUGGGACACAAGGUCACCUCAGCCUGCGGAGAUUGAGUCUGCUGUGAAGUGGGCUUGCAGAAAGAGGGCUCAGAAUUCACCAAUAUUCAUCCAUUGUGCAUAUGGUCAUGGAAGAAGUGUGGCAGUUACGUGUGCAUUAUUGGUAGCUCUUGGCGUUGCAGAGGAUUGGAAAAAUGCUGAGAAGUUAAUUAAAGAAAGACGACCUUAUAUCCGAAUGAAUGCUCUACAUCGCAAAGCGUUGGAAGAAUGGUCUAAGUUUCGGCUGUCUUCACCUAAGAGAAAUGAUGAAAUUGGUUUGGGAUCUGUGAUUCUGUCCAGUCCUUCAGAACGCUCUUGAAUUGGAUGUCAAGACCAAGAAAGUACACUUAUUUUCUGGAUUAUAGAUGGCACGUAACAGAAUACUUGUUUGAAACGCUAUUGACAGUAAUCCUCUCCUUUCUAGGUUAAAUCUUGUUAUCCUUAAAUUAUGAGAUAAAGUCUGAUGCUAAUGUUUGAUCAUUUGUGUCCUACGCUUGAGAUAACUAGUUUGUGAGCCUUAAAAGGAAACAAAUGCUGAUCAUAUUUGUACUGGUGCAACUCCUUUCUUGAACAAAGGACAGUGCAUUGGCUUCUUUAUUUUCA